CAGUAAUAACGGGCCCAUCAACACUCUUUACACUGUCCUCAACUCCCUCAGCCUUAGCGUCAAGAGCGUCAAUGCUCAAUUGAUAUCGGUCUGGAAUGAAGCAAACUGUAUUAUUCUGUUGUACAUAUUAAUAUCAGCCAAUCGAGAAAUCUCUUUGGUCAUUAUGUCUCAUCUAACACGACCUCUGAGCCGACAACGAGAUCCUCCUCCCUCUUUAUUCCUUCAUCCAUCUCCAUCAGCAUCAAAUGUCUCCUUACCAAAUGCACCGCCGCCAACCGUCCCUUUCAUAGGGCAGUCAAACUUACGGCCUAACGCCGAGCGUGCUCCAUCUGUUAGAUCUGGACGGUCCGGAGCUGUAGUUUCUCAUCAUCGAGCUGGACUAUUUCCAGCAGAGAGCACUCGCGCGACAGGUGACCGUACUGACCUCUUAUGGUCCGAAAUGCAAGCGACAUUGGAAGAAGUCGAGCUAUCAGCUUCUGGGGGCACUCGCGUGUUUGGCCCAGAUCAUGACCGCAAGCUAGCUGACUUGAGAGCCGCUCAAAUUGCCCUCGCUCAAGCCUGGGCCAGAAGUGAAGCAGAUGAUGUUAUAGACACAGCCCAGCUCGAAACUGUAGGGUCUGUAACUGGAUCUGAAGUUCGAAACAUGAAGGGUGCGCUCGGCGAUAACUCCAAGUCUGGUCCUGAUGGCACAGAGAAGAGUGCCGUUGGAAGCAGCAGUAUAUCGCGACCCAACAGCAGCGGCACAGGAGUUGAGAGAUUGGGUCACAAGCUCGAGGAAGAGACAGAAGUGGAUAUCCUCCUCGCAAGGAAACGACGAGAAGCCAAUGAUCGGUAUUUCCAGAGAGUCAACCAAGGUGUGAUCGACGUUGUAACCCGGCUUGAAGAUGUCGCAGUGGCUAUGAGAGCUGUUGAACAGGAAAGCAAGGAAGUUUGGAGCGAGAACGACAGUGUUCCCGGUGCCUCGGGGACAUGAUCGUGUCAUACAGGUGAUUUCGGCAUUUCCAGCUCGGCGUUGCCAGGAGUUAGGCGAUAUUUACUCGGCAUUUAUGGCGUUUCACAAUUUUGAGACAAACUCUUGGGAUAUUUUCAGACAUGCUUUUCUAGAAUAUCGUCAUAUUAAGAAUACUUUUACUUACGUUGUUGUUGGCAUGUUCCUGAAUCCUAUUCGGCGGAGAAGAUCUUCGUGGCUUCGACUUACACCAAGAUGGGAUGUGGAGACUAUUAUAGGGAAGGCGAACUACCAAUCAAUCCAAUGACGACAAGAGGGCUGUCCAGAUACAAACUCCGUCAUCGCUGCGCUCUUGAUUUGAUAUCCGCAAAGACUAUCUUCUUUAGAGCAUGACUUAAAAAGUAGCAUGUCUUGCAUUGUG